AUGACGACUACAGUACAACAACAACCAUCAAUUCAAACAAUAACAAACAUAAUAAAGAACUAUGAACAAGAAAUUAAUGAUUUGAAUCUUCCCAAUUUGAUAACAAUAAGCUCAAAUCAAACCACUAAAGCAUCACCAUAUAUUCCAAAAUUAAAAUUACAAUUAAUUCAAUCAUCACUCCUACAACAACUAUCAUCUUUACAAAAUCAUCAAAGAAAUAAAAAUUAUAAAUCAUUAAAAUCAAAAAUAGAAUCACUUCUAAUUGAUUUAAUUGAUGAAAAAUUAUAUAUUACAAAUAAACUUAUCGAUAUAUAUAAUUCUCAAAAUUCACCAUCAUCAUCAAUAGAAAUAACUACAACUAAUCCACAACCUGAACAAAUACUAAAACAAAGAAACUCAUCAAUUGCAGAAACAGAUAAUCUUACAGAACUUCGUAAAAGAUUAUUAUCAACACCUUCAAAAAAACUCACCACCACCACCACCGAAUCUCAAAAUGAUUAUCAUGAAUCAAUACAAGAAGAUAUUAUAAACGAAUUAUCACAAUUAACAAGUACAUUAAAACAAAGUGCUUUAAAUUUAAGUACUAAGAUAUUAGGUGCUGAUCUUCAAGUUAUUAAUGAAACUAAUGAAAAUCUUAUAAAAAAUUCUACUUUUUUAAAAUCAAUUGAAAAUAAUUUAAAGAAUUAUUUAGGUAAUAAAUCUGGUAAUAAAAUAAGUAUUUGGUUUUUAAUUAAAAUGUCAGUUGUUAUUGUUGUUGUUUUUAUUGUUAUGGUUUUAUUUAUUGGAAUAGUACCUAGGAUUAGAUAG